ACAAAACCCUCCUCGCUCGCUGUCGUUUGCCCGUCACUUGGUCAAAGCAAGCUUCAAACCUCAAACACCCCACACGCGCCAUUGACACCCGUCUCCCAGCCCUUGGCCUUGGUACCUGAUCCGCGACGUGCAUGAACGUUUAUGCACCUUGAUUCGAUCAUUAUGCCAUACUGCGAUGCCGAAACACAGACCGUCUGGGCGGGCCUUACAAAGAUGGAUGUUCGUCCGGACAUUCUCUUUACCGCACCAGACACGACUACACCACCCGCCGAAAUGAUUGCAACACACAAGCCGCUAAGCCUCGACAACAUCGUCACCGCCGCCCAGCUCGGCAGCCUCGACCCCAACAGCUCCUUCAAGACGCUGCUGGAGCGACGACACAAUCGCCCAGGCAUCCCCACACGCAUUUCCCUGCCUAGUUCCGAGCUGGAUGACGAGGUGUUUCCCUCACCACCUCCGAGCCAUGCUUUAAUGUCCCCGCUUCCCGAGGCCAACAAGCGCUAUGCAGGCCACACCCCAUUGCUUCCCCGCUCUUUCUCACCGGUACAAGAUGAUAUGCCGGAGCCUGCAGAGGAGGAAGCGGUGGAGGAGCCUGUGCAUGCACCGGACGAAGACGAGUCCCUGAUUGGCCCGCUCAUGCUGCCAACGAACCCCGUCGAUGGCGCUAGUGACCACAUUGCACUGGACGUCCUGGACGAUGUGCUUGAAAAAGUGGCCAAGGACCAGGAGAGGUUCAGCAGACUGAAGGAUGCCCCUGAGCCAACGCCCGUCGCAAAGGACGUCGAAGAAGACUUGCCACUGAGUCGGAAGGCAUCGGCCGACUCGCGCAGGUCGUCCAACAACUCGCCGAAAUCAUCCACCGACUCUCGCAAAUCAUCCACCGCCUCGGUCGUCGACGGCGUCCGACUCAAAACCCCGCCUCUCAACUUUGGCAUGCCCAUUGGGCAAGUGUAGCCUGCUUCCCAGGUUCUAUAUUCUUGGCAGACAGCCAUGACUGACUGCAGCAUGGUAUGGUGGUAUGGUGCUUUACGACGGAUUGGAUCACGGAACGGCGUUUGGGUAGAUGGGGAGGCUGUGCUUCACAAAAACGAUACCCGGAGUUUUGUGCUCAACCUGCACCCACAUACGUAUUCAUCGCAGGCUAUAGACUACCAGCCUAGCGUCAUAGAAGAAUACAAAACAAUGACUAUCGGAGCCUUC